AUGGAGAUCCGGGAUGUCGAGACUGUGAAUAGAAUCAAUCUCCACUCGCAUAUAGCUGGGCUUGGAUGCGAUGGAGACGAGGUUGAGUACGACAAGGACGGACUGGUUGGGCAGAUAAAGGCAAGGAAGGCGAUGGCGGUGAUAAGGAAGAUGGUGGAGAGUAACAAAGGAGGGAAGGUUGUUUUGAUCAAGGGAGACCGCGGAAGUGGCAAAACUGCACUGGCGAUAGGGCUAUCGAAAAGCCUUGGAGGGGUUCACUUCAACUCGAUCAGUGGAACAGAGAUAUACAGCCUGGAGAUGAGUAAGUCUGAAGCAAUCACCCAGGCUCUCCGGAAAUCUGUUGGGCUAAGGAUCAAGGAGUCUGUGAAGGUUAUUGAGGGGGAGGUUGUAAGCCUGAGCGGAAGGAGGAUUGUCCUCAAGACUGUCGACAUGGAGUCUUCGUUUGAGAUAGGAGAAAAGAUGCGAGGCGAGCUUGACAAGGAGAAGGUGAGUGCAGGGGAUGUCAUCAGGAUUGUCAGGGAAAGGGGAAGGGUGUACAAGAUUGGAACAAGCAUGGUGAAGAGGAGCGAUGUGGUGGGAACCGACACGCGAUUUGUUCCCUGCCCCGAGGGGGAGCUGAUAAGGAUCACAGAGGAGACCCAGGAGAUAUCUUUGCACGACAUCGAUGUUGUUAACAGCAAGGCCGAGGGGUACCUUGCACUUUUCAGCGGAGAGACUGGGGAAAUCAGGGCAGAGACGAGAGACGAGGUGAACAAGAAGGUAUGGGGCUGGAUCAACGAGGGAAAGGCAGAGAUAGUUCGGGGUGUCCUGUUUAUCGACGAGGUUCACAUGCUGGACAUUGAAAGCUUUGCGUUUCUGAACAAGGCGGUGGAAGAGGAUUUCUGCCCGGUAAUCCUUGUUUCGACCAACAAGGGGGAAUGCAUUGUAAGAGGGACUGACGAGCCAAGCCCGUAUGGAAUACCAAGAGACUUUAUUGAUCGUGCCCUGAUCAUUUCCAUGGAGAAGCACUGUAGGAGAGAUCUCGAGGCCAUACUUAGGCACAGGAUUCUCGAAGAGGACAUUCUUAUUGACGACGACGCCGUGGACAGGCUUGUUUCUAUCUCUGAGGCAUCCGGGCUGAGGUAUUCUAUGAACCUGCUAACAAUAUCAAGCAUGAGGGCAAGCAGAAGGAAUGGAAGAGUAGCUCUCGGGGACGUCGAGAGGGCCUUCGAGCUGUUCCUUGACGAGGCUCGCGGAACCGAAAGCUUCAACGGUUAA